AUGUCACUCGGAAAAUUGUAUACCUACCCCAAGGCCCCUCGGUCAACCAUGGUGGUGUUCGUCGCCAAGUACCUCAAGCUCGACGUCGAAAUCUGCAACGCCUUCCCGAUCAAGGUCUAUCCCGAGAAAGGGGGUGUCGGAGAGGAGUAUUUAGCCAAAUUCCAUACUGGAAAGGUCCCUGCGUUCGAGACUACCGACGGUUUCUGUGUCUAUGAGAGUAAUGCCGUUGCUUGGUUCCUCUCUCAUCAGGACCCGAAGAGUACACUGCACGGCUCAAACCUACGAGAGGAGACAACGAUUCUGCGAUGGGCGUCUUUUACUAACUAUGAGCUCCUGCCGCCCAUUAUGGCCUGGAUCCAGCCUAUCAUUGGGAGAGCACCAUCCAGCCCCGAGAUCCUAGAGAAGGCCGAGCAGGGCUGUGAACUCACCAUCCGCGCCAUCGAGAAGGAAAUCAAGGGAAAACAGUUUCUGGUUGGGGACACCCUGACUUUGGCUGAUUUGUUUGUUGUCUCGGGGUUGGCGAGAGGGUACCAAUACGUCUUCACGAAGUCAUGGGCAGAGAAGCAUCCCAUCGUCCACGAGUAUUACAUGCGUAUCCGCAACGACAAGGAUGGGAUCUUUGACAGUAUCCUCGGGCCUAAUGUGAUCAAGGAGGUGGCUAGUGGGACUUAUCCUGACUACGAUGGGCUGUAG